AUGAGUGUGCCAGAUGAAUCGGUGACCUUUUUAGUUGAUGCCGUGGUCACACAUUUGGAGUUAAAAGGCAUUAACGUCGAACCGCAGAACUUAAAUGCGUCCAUAAAAUUCCCACAGAGGGCUUGGAAAAUGGGUGCCAGCCGUAUAAAUGUCACUGAUUUUGCUCCUAAACGGGAGCAGCAGAUCGUAUCCAAUCCCCGCCGCAUGCGUGAUGACCUGGAGGAGAAAGGCAUAAUUGUGGGAGCUAUUUACAAUGGGUCGACGCUGGGAACUGCAACCAUGUCGUUCCCGCAGGAAUUUCUCGACAAGAUUAGCCUCACAAUGAAUGAUCUCUUGCACGUGGAAACCCUUCAACUGAUGCGCCGAAAGGACGUUAUUGGCUCUGUCACCAUUAUGGUGCGUUUGACCUUAAAAUGCGAGAAGGACCGUGACUCGAUAACAACAAAAAUAUCAGACAGUCGUGCAAAAGUCAAAUUUAAUGAACCAGGGGCUACGGGACUGGAAGUGCCGCAGGUUGUAGCUAAAAAGAAGAGGCGAGUCAGUUGCUCCAGCCUAGGGUACACCAUAAAUCCGCAGGAUGUCAUGUUUACGAUCGGCGACCCCGAUCCGGUGCUGGAAAUACCCUCCAAUCCAUGCUCAGAACUUGCAGAGGCCGAAGGGGAUAAGCUUCUAAGAUUAGACUUGGCUCGGUAUAGCAGCAUGAAAAAUAGCAGGCUAGUUCUUCCCGAUGAUCUUCCUUGCCUUAAGGAGAAGCCUUCGCUUAGACAACUGAAAGAAAUCACUCGACAGUUCACCCACAUUGUCGAUUCGGUAUCCACGAAGGUUAAGCAAAAUGAUUGCUGGAGUCCAGUUGUUCCUACAGAAGAACCGUUGGAAAAGAGCAGUUUUCUAAAGAGUCCUCCGCAGGAACACUGGAUUCCAGUGCCCAUUAAAAAUAACGAGGAGUACGGAGUCAAGCCCAUUCGAUUCUGCCCCAUCUGCCUGUGUUCAAUGUCCUGGCUGCCAAAGUACGCGAACUGUCCACGCUGCCAGACCACGACACGGCCUUUUGCCGAAGAGACUGUCAGCGAUUUGCAAACUGCUGAUCAGAUAAUGAAUGAGCAGCUGGUGAGACCGCAAGCAGCAAAUGGAGUGGAGGACUUUUGUCAGAGUCCCUGUGAGGCGGCCCUGAAUGAGCUCCGUAGCGAGGAUGAGUGCCCUCCCUGCCGGUGCACCUGUACGUUGGGCAAGAUAUGCGCCCAUUGCCGCAUUCGUAAGCUUUGCGAAGAUAUCUACCACGUUCCAUCAUCAGUUCAUAGGAUCCACCCAAAGGCAAAGUCGGACGAGGAUUACAGUGUCAUCACCGAUGCGGAUAUGGAAGACGAUCGUCCCUAUUUAGCCAGAGUCUUCUCUGAGCUGAAGAAUCUCUACGACUUACACGACUCCAAGAAGCAGUCAGACCUCGCAAAACGCUGCAACUCGAGCGCCCUAUUGUUCCGACACUCGUCUAACCACGCGCCAGGCCAAGUAAAGCCGCGUGCCGUCCGAUCCUUACCAGCCUGUGCUAUAGGGACCAACAGGCCGAAGCAUGUUCAUAAACGCUGCCUACCUACGGAGUGCAUAGUAUCCCGGCGUCAUGGUUGGAACUGGACAAAGACCGUCGAGGCCCGCAACAACGGAUGGCGUCCGGGAGCCAUUCUGAGCACUUCUGGCCAUGUAAUGCGCUACUUCCUCAAUCGCCGCGACAAGUACAUCUGCCAGAAGGCCCUUUCCGAUUAUCAAAAGCAAAAACAAUUGAAUCCUCCAAUGCUUAAUAUUUUCAAGCGAAGGGGCGAGAUAUUUAUCACCCUGCAUCCCCAGGAAUCCAUGAUUGGACGGCAAAAGCCAAUCGUCUUCCGGAUUGUCAAGAGUGAUCUGGCUGUGGCUCUGCGUCAAAUAAAACAAGCUCUCAAAGACUUGGGCUUUCCACGGUGCAUAUGCCACAAGUCCCUGAUGUUGUGCACUUGUCGCGAUGCUUUAGAAAAGAUGGAGUUAAACAAAGCCCUGAAAAAGGAGUGCCACAAACGAAACAUGCCGCCGUGCCCGGAACACCUGGUGCUUACCGACACGAGUGACAGUGACGUAGAUUUUGAAAUGGAUGUCACCCCCCCUUGUCGGCCUAGAAGGAAAGUCCUAUGUAAGAUGAUGAACCACUCGACUCAGACAUCAAUCAGGGACAGACGUCCCCCGCCACCAAAAUACCCAAAGCGGAUUUCACCCUACUACAAGCGUUUCGACUGCGCCGUGGGCGACCGCUACAUGGGCACUGCCAUGGGGCGGCCCGGCGAGGAGGUCUUCGAAGAUGGUCUCUUUGGCCUGUUGGGCGGCGGACCCCAUGGCCCGAAUCCCAUGCCCUGCGGCAGACACCGACUAGCGGCUGCUUGGGGAAAAGGUGGCGGUUUCAAUGCAAUGUUUGGCGGAGGUCGUGAUAGUCGUGCACGUGGCCUCGGUGGUGUUAUCGGUGGCUUACCCGGAGCCGACAAGCUUUUCCCGAAAACACCAACAGGUCCAAUUCCAGUUCGUUAUCCAAAGCGGUUCCUCAAACCUGGGCAGGAUGCUGCUAAGGCAGCCUUACAGGCGGAGAAGGAUGCAAUUAUGAAGAAAAAGAAGGGCAUCGACAUGAUCAAGUAUUUACAGAAGGAGGGCACUCUGACCCGGCCAUGGAACCCCGACGAGGGCAAAGACACCAGACCGAAGAAGAGCAAGUUCGGUCCCGAUGGGCUGACAGAUGGCCAGAGGAAACGUAUGCUCCUUCUGUCCGGUCCAGCUCCCCUGCUCUGCCAGAUACCGAGACGUGGCAAGGGAAACAAUCCAUGCAACGAUUCUUGUUUCUAUCCUUGCGUUGAUCCUUGCCACUUAGAUUAUGUCUGCUAA